AUGGCCCCAUUAUUCAAAGAGAAACCAGAACAAGUCUGGAAAACCAUUACAGAGAGUUUCCCACUCGACCAAAGCAUCACCAGUAUUGCACUUCCACUCCCUGGUUCAGAAAAGGAGGGGUUUUCACCAGUUUACAGAAACGCAUACUCGCAGAAAGAGUUGAAAUCUGUUCCUUAUCCCGGAAUCAAUACUUUGUACGAAUCGUUUGAACUUUCCGUGGCAAACAAUGGACACAAGCGUGCCUUUGGAAAAAGAGUUAGGAAUGGCGACGGUACGUUUGGUAAAUACAUUUGGCAGGACUACAACACUGUUAGACAAAGAAGAAACAAUUUGGGUUCUGGUUUGUUUUUUGUUUUACAAAAUAAUCCUUAUAAAACUGACAGUGAUGCCCACAAGAAAUUGAAGUACGACCCUUUAAGUGAUGAAUCUUUUGUUUUGACCAUUUUUGCUCAUAAUAGACCCGAAUGGGCACUUGCUGAUUUGACCUCAAUUGCUUAUUCCAUCAAAAACACAGCAUUGUACGACACCUUGGGUCCUGAUACCAGUAAAUAUAUCUUGAAUCUCACUGAAUGUCCAGUCGUUUUGUGCUCCAAGGACAAAGUUAAAGGUUUGGUUGAAUUAAAGAAGCAGAAUCCAGAAGAGUUGAGCAACUUGAUUUGUCUUGUUUCUAUGGAUGAUUUGACUACUGAGGAUGCUUCGUUGAAGAAUUAUUGUCACGAUCACAACAUUUCGUUGUUUGACUAUACCCAGGUUGAAAAGCUUGGUGAAAUUAACCCAUUGGAUCCAAUUCCACCAAAACCAGAGACCGAGUUUACUAUUACUUUCACUUCUGGUACUACUGGCGCAAACCCAAAAGGUGUUCUCUUAACGCACCAAAAUGCAGUUGCUGGUGUCACAUUCGUGUAUUCUGUGAUAGCAUUACCCAAUGCCGAUUCCGUGUUUUACUCCUUUUUACCAUUAGCUCAUAUAUACGAAAGAUUGGAUGUUCAGUUUGGAGUGACUGCCGGUGCUGCCAUUGGAUUCCCACAGGGUCCUUCACCAUUGACCUUAUUGGAAGAUAUUCAAGUUUUGGAACCUGAUUUUUUGGCAUUGGUUCCAAGAGUGUUGACCAAAUUGGAAGCCGGGAUCAAGGCUCAAACAAUUAACAAUGACGAGAAGCCAAUUUUAAAGAACUUGUUCACCAGGGCUGUCAAUGCCAAGUUGGCUUCUCAAGGUGACCCAGCCAACGAGUAUACAAACCCUCCACAUUUAUUGUACGAUAGAGUUUUGGGAUUGUUGCGUAAGAAAUUGGGAAUGAAGAACCUUAAAGUCUUGAUGUCAGGAUCAGCUCCAAUUAGUCCAGAGACCAUCAAGUUUUUGAAGGCUUCGUUGAAUGUCGGUGCUGGUCAAGGUUAUGGUAUGAGUGAGACUUUUGCUGGUAUCAUGGCCAGUUCUAUGUUUGAAACAGAAGCAAGUUCAUGUGGACCAAUUUGUGUCACCACUGAAUGUAGAACAAGAGACUUGCCAGCAAUGGGAUACACCUCCAAAGAUGAAGGUGGUCCAAGAGGUGAAUUGCUAGUACGUGGACCACAAAUUUUCAAAGGGUACUACAAGAAUCCAGAAGAAACUGCUAAAUCAUUUGAUGAAGAUGGCUGGUUUUACACUGGUGAUGUGGCUCGUAUCGAUUCAAAGAAUGGACGUACUUAUAUCAUUGACAGAGUCAAGAACUUUUUCAAAUUGGCCCAGGGUGAAUAUGUUACACCAGAAAGAAUUGAAAACACUUAUUUGAGUUGUUUCCCAUACAUUGCCCAAAUGUUUGUUCAUGGUGAUUCUUUGAGAACUCACUUGGUUGGUGUAGUUGGAUUGGACCCAGUCUCCAUCACUCUGUACAUCAAGCAAAGACACGGUGAAACGAUCAAUGAUCAAGCUGAUUUGGUUAGAUUCUUCCAAGAUCCAAAGCGCAAGCGUGAAUUGUUGCUUGAUAUGAACAAGUCCCUCGGUAACUCGUUGCAAGGGUUUGAGAAAUUGCACAACAUUGAGGUUGAUAUUGAGCCAUUGUCAGUGGAGAAGAAUUUAAUCACACCUACCAUGAAGAUCAAAAGACCAAUUUGUACCAAGUACUUUAAAGAUACUUUGGACAAGUUGUAUGACGAAGGUUCACUUAUCAGGACUGAUAAAUUAUAG